UACGGGUACCGGGUUAGAUAGACUUGAUGUAAUGUACAUUGCAUUGUAGAUCAUGUAUACAUAAACUGUUAAUAAUAAAAUUUCAAAGCAUUCAGAAUGGCAUUUGGACUGUACUCUUUAAUUGAAGCUGCUCUCCUUUGUGUAAAUGCAGUGGCAGUGCUAAAUGAGGAAAGAUUUUUGAGCAAAGUGGGAUGGGGAGGUGACCAGAGCGUCGGUGGGUUUGGUGAAGAGCCAGGGAUGAAGGCACAACUCAUCAAUCUGAUCCGGUCCAUAAGAAUCGUCAUGAGAGUGCCGUUGAUAUUUUUAAACUCGGGCGUCAUCGUGCUGAAACUUUUAUUUGGAUAACGAUGAAGGCCGACAUGGAGGCAAAACUGUCCUUGAAGAACUUUAUUGGGAGGAAAAAACAUCCAAGGGAGGUUCAAGAACUAAUAACUGAACGUGGCACUGUAGCAAAAGGAGGAAGCCGAUUCCAAGAAAUGACUUUGAUUGCUCAGCAGCAAGGCAUAGGGAGGGAAUGUUGUGCAUGCCUGUAUGGUAGCAUGGACUUGCCAAACUUUGAUGAGGUUUGCCUGAUUGCAGCUUUGAACAUAUUGGAAAAUGCAUUCGGACCAUACGGAAUGGAUUGGGCAGUGCCAAGAGUAGAUCUAAACCAAUUUUUUUUGGGGGGGGGGGAUAUUGGUACUUCAGUACAUGUAUAUUACCUUUUAUUUAGAAAAAUCGCUUGUCAUUGUUUUGAACAUAAAAAAUACCAAACUUUGGCCAUUGUUAUCCUCAUCCCUGUCUGUCCUUUGAGAAAACGGCAUGCUUCAUUGCUUAGUAUUAAAAAACCAGGUCUUUAGACUGCAUGCAGUGGGAUGUCUCUGUAAUAAAAAAAGAGAAGUUGACUUUCUUAGCCUUGUCAAUUACAAACAAAAUCUAGUGGUUGAUUCAUUUCCGUUCAUCACAGUUGUGAAGAGUUUUAAUUACUACUUAGUACAGGUACUCAAAACAUGCACAAAAGGUCUGUAUGUUGAAGGUACCAGGGGUGAGAGUUCUCAGCUUUUUAGCUGAUUUCAGCUUUUUUUUUCUUUUGGAUUUCAGCUUUUUUUCCGCACUGGCUGUGUACAAAA